CUCCUGUAGAGCCUAACCGCAUGACCAGAGACGAGUGGAUGGAAGUCGUCGACGGAGCUUACGGUUUACAACCAAGAAAGAAAGGAAGAGUUCCUUUGUCAAGUGUUGUAGCUAAGAAAUUCACCACCACCAAUAAGCCUAGCAGCCAAUCUGUGAUCUCGACGCGACCAUGUGACACAUCAUACGUCGUGGGUAAGAUUGGUCAAUACUUGUUGAAGAAUGUUGAAGCCUCUUUGGUUUUAAGCUUUCUUCCCACUAUUAAACACGAGUUAGGCGGUGCACAAACGACCUGGGAUGUCGUUCAGCGACUCAUCGAUUCUCAACCCUUAAAGGACUUGCUUCCGCAGCCUAUAUACAUGGAUAUCAUGAGGAUGGCAUUUAAUGAGCAUGCAGCUAUAAGUGAUGGAGAGGCUAGAGGAGGUACUGUAGGAAGCAGCAGUACGAUACGACAUUUUGAUGUAGCCGCUACGGACGAUAGGAAUCACGACGAUAGGGACCAAGAUGACUACGAUGAAUGA